GAUCUGAUCAUCCUUUUCACCUCCAAAUACCAUAGAGGAAGGCUUCAUCCGGGACUGCUUGCCAGGGGUUGUUUCAGAUUCGAGUUCCAUUCACGGUCUCUUUAAGGCUGCUUUCAGCCUUGAGUGCGAUUUUAAUGAAAAUUCCAUGCUAACCCCCGUGUGAACGGUGGGGCGCAGCCUAGGACCGAGGUCCUGGCAGCCUGGUGGAACCGCCCCCUCCGCCCGGACAGUCUGCACGUUAAGAACUGACCACCCCGUUUUCCGCCCUCGGUUGGGAGCAGGAUUUAAUUUCUUUGCUCGUCUGGCGGCUUCUCCCCCAGCACUGAGUGUAGCGAUUUUGCUUUUUAGGGGAGGCUCGGCUGCGCUUUCAGAAAUGCAGAUUUGGGCUCCUUCCCGGACUGCUGAUGCAAGGCCCGGGGAGCGGACAUUCCCUUUCCCCUGGCGGGGCGCGGCCUGCAGGGGGCGCCCCAGACCUCCGAGGCUCGAGCGGGAAGCGCGAGCCCGGGAGCGCGCAGGGGCCGGAAGGGGCGGGCGGCGCAGGGCCCGCUGCGAGGCCGACCGAGAUGUGCGCGCGGCCAGGAUCGGGUCGGUCCCGCGAGACUCGGCUGUCCCCACCGCCUCCUGGAAUCCGCUCCUUGGCCGCGGCCGGAAACCGGAGAGGUGGGCGGAACGCAGGCAAGCCAGUGCUCCCGACCGCAGGAGCGCGUCGCCGGCGGUGUCCACGGCUCAGACCCAGAGAACCCAGCGGCGGGUUCCUGGGCCUGGGCAGCCGUGUCCGGUCGUCCCGCGAGGCCCACGUGGCUGUUCAGCCCGUCGCCCCUUCUCCCGCAGGCGGUGAAUCAGGAAGGCUGGCCCGCCACGCCCCACCGGGGCCUGCGUUUUAUCCAAGUGGUGCAGGGCGCUGGGUGGUUUUCUACGCUGACACCUGGCCCAGUGUCCUCUGAACCCUGAGUGCCAGGCCACCCUCGGGUGGCUGUGAAGCAGGAAGGUAGUCACAACGUUGGAGUCGGGGUCUGAUCCUGGGUGGCUGAUUUCAAACUUUUUGUGACCUUGUGCAACUUAAGUGGGUUUAAUAUAUCCACCUCCUGAAGGGGUUUGUCUGCAUUCACCGCAGCACCGAUGCUCGGUGCCGUCCAUCACUGGCAGGAAUUGUGCAUCCCCGGGUGACUUAACACAGUGCCAAAGAGCCACACUGAAACACUGGCAAAGGUCUGUCCUCCGGCCAGACAGGUGAG